UCUUCGAAUGCCAUCAGUGCAUCUUGUGAUUUCGACCUGUUCAAUUACAAAAAGCUCUGCCAAAGCUUUAGGGAAUUAUAUAGACUCUGAUUUCAUUUGUGGCAUUUCUUUAAGUUUUAAACAUUCAAAGUGACACCAUGAAAGUGUUUAUUUUCGCGACUCUGAUGACUGUUUGUGCAUGUGCAAGGCUGGAUAAUACAUAUCUGCCCCCACCAGGCGCUUCUCAAUCAGGCGGAGGACCAGGACUCGCCGCACCAGGCUUUGGAAGCAACCGACCACAUGGCGGUGGAGGAGCUCCUGGUGGUCGUCCGGGAGCUCCUGGAGGUCGCCCUGGCGGUGGUGGAUUUGGAGGAGGUCCAGCUGGGGCAGCACCCAGUGGCCCUCAGGAGCCCCCCAUCGCUAUCAUCUCAUACGAAAACGAAAACAACGGCGAUGGUUCCUACAGGUACAGCUACGAGACGGCAAAUGGUAUCAAAGUCGAAGAGGAGGGUGAAAUAAAGAACAAGGGAUCAGAGAAUGAGAUUCUAAGUGUUAGAGGAUCCUAUUCCUACACAGCACCCGAUGGAACACCCAUCACAGUCACAUAUAUUGCAGAUGAGAAUGGCUUCCAACCACAGGGAGAUCAUCUGCCCACACCUCCACCAGCUCCUCAAGGAUCAGCUCCUGGCGGUGCUGGAGGAUACCCAAGUGGACCAGCUGGUGGUGGGGGAUAUCCAAGUGGACCUGCUGGUGGUCAAGGUUAUCCAAGCGGUGGUGGAGGAUACCCAUCAGGAGGAGCACCUCAGAGACCUAGCAAUCAGUACAUUCCACCCUCAAACCAACCAUCUAGGCCCUCAGGAAAUGGUGCAUUCAGUCCGACAAAUGAGAAGAUUUUGUCCGUUGCACUGACACUGACCUGCGUGACUGGAGCUCCUCAGGCUCCAUCUCAGGGUGCCACAACUGAACCCAUCCCAAUUCUGCGUCAGGAACAGGAAGUAAACUUCGAUGGUACCUACAAAUACGCCUAUGAAACAGGCAAUGGAAUUGCAGCAGAAGAGACAGGAUUCCUCAAAAAUGCUGGAACAGAGCAAGAAGCUCAGGUGGCCCAAGGUGAAUAUUCUUACACAGCUCCAGAUGGAACUCUUAUUCGAGUAACGUACAUUGCUGAUGAGAAUGGAUUCCAACCUCAAGGUGAUCACAUUCCCACACCACCUCCAAUCCCACCAGCGAUCCAGAGAGCACUUGAGUACCUGGCCAGUCUGCCCGCAACAGAAGCUCCUCAGCGACUAUAGAGAAUUCAGGAGAAGCUUUCGUGAACUGCGAAAGCUCAAAUCCUCCAAGACUUUCUCCUGAGGAAGACAAUUUAUUGUGAAUCUAUUCAAAAGAACCUGCCAGUAAUUUAUUGAUGCAAAGUACCUAUUGAACUUCCCAGUUGCUUUUCAUGAUAUUUAGACCAUCAGUAAGAUCAAAAUUCCUCAUAAAAGAUGUUAUCUAGAAAAAUUUAUUGAUUGUAAAUAUAGAAGGAAAAAAACCGUCUAGCAAAAGAGAAACACUGAGUUGAAAUCUGAGAGACUGCUGCAGAUUUCACAAUGUGGCCAAAAAAAAUCACUUUACAAAAAUUGCAUUUAUUAUUACAAAUUACAACAUUAUUCUUCUUUUUUUAUGAAAACGUGAGAGAAAUAUAUGAGAAAUAAAUAUUUUGUAAAUACAAAA